AGCCGCUGCAUAGGGGGAGAUAAGUCAAUUAACGUUGAUUUCAUCGGAGCGUAAUAACAAUAAGGAGACGUUAUUAACUGCUGAAACCUUUAUUUGGGUAUCCCAAAUGCCUGAAUAUCCUAUGACUAGCGAAACUGGGGUCUGUUACGUUAUUUCGGCUCGAGGGCAAACGAAAGAACAAGCGAGAAGCUAUAUCAACGAGAUCCAAUUCUGCCAUGGCCAUAAGACUUCUUGGCGUCAAACCACCUGUGCAUUUUUAGAUAAUGCGAUUUGUAACCGCGUUACUUAUAAAUGUACAGGAGUAAAAGCAUGUGAAUACCUAUCUCCAGCUUUGCGAAAUCGGUCUUACACAGAGGUUUCGGAAAAUGAAUGGGAUUUAGUAGCAACAGCUAAACAAGAAGCUGAACGGGCAAUUAACGACCAAGUCCAUUAUCAAGCGCUCUGCUUUCUUUAUGUCGAGAUUAAGCUUUUUGAGGAUGGCAAGCUUGAGAUUAUUCAGGAUGGAAAGACUAUUUCCGGGGUUCCUCGCCAUACAUUACGUUGUAUCCAUUCACGCCCUCGCAUGUGCGGCAUCAUUGGAAGCCGAUUCCACGAGAAUAUAAUCCAGCAAUUAUAUUAUUCCAAGCAGUUCUGAAUAACACUCUAGUCGACCAAAUUCAACCGGGGCCUUGCUAUCAUAUAGCUCAAAAUAAAAAACUUGCAAAACUAUGCCCUAUCGUACAUCCGCAAGGAAAAGGGAAGAUCAUCGAUUUAUCUUGCCAAUGCGAAUACGACUUUUAUAUACCUCUGGAUUUAGAUCUAUAUCCAUACGUAUUAUGCGUUUGCCACGGAACUCAUCGACAUCCAA